UUUGCCGUGGAGGCUCUGUGCACGCCACAUUGACAGACUUGCGACUGAUGUGCGGAUUUUUGCAGAUGCCUUCAUCCCAACCCUGCUUUUUAUGGUGUCGCUGCUCACAUUAACGGCCGAGCGACCCUCAGAGCUCAGGAACCCUCACUCCGCGACACUGCCCACUUUUCCUUCUCCUCCCUGUUUGUCCCGCCCAACUCAGAAGUCUAGUUUGAUUCAGGACUUUCAGACUUUGAAGCUUCUGAUGCACACGAAAUGCUUCCAGGACUCUUACAAGUCUGCUGUUAGCCAUUUAAAAAAAAAAUUCUGAUAAAUCUUCUGUUUAAAAGUCCGUGGACUGAGACUGAGUGAAGCUACAAGGACACAGCUUCACACUAACGGCACUCAGGAUGUGGCAACGUUUUAUUUUGACAACAGAUGCGAUUAUUGUGCUGCUGACCUGCGUGUUCUCCUUCAACGUGGACCAGAAGAACAGUUUGUCCUUCUCUGGACCGCUGGAAGAUAUGUUCGGCUACACUGUCCAGCAGUUUGAGAACAGCGAGGGAAAAUGGGUUCUGAUUGGAUCUCCGCUGUCAGGACAGCCGAGUAAAAGAACCGGAGACGUCUACAAAUGUCCCGUGGGGAGAGAUAACAACAACUGCAUCAAACUGGAGCUGCCCAAAAACACAACCAUUCCCAACUUGCGUGAAGUGAAGGAAAACAUGACCAUGGGAAGCACACUGGUAACGAAUCCCAAAGGAGGAUUUCUGGCGUGUGGUCCUCAGUAUGGCUACAAGUGCGGCCCGCAGCAUUUCAUCUCAGGAGUUUGUACGAAUGUCAGCUCUUCCUUCCAGAUCCUCAACUCUUUUACAAAAUAUCAAGAGUGCGGGAAGGAGAUGGACCUUGUGAUCGUGCUGGAUGGAUCUAACAGUAUCUACCCCUGGUCGAGUAUUCAGGAGUUUCUCUAUAAGUUCAUUGGGAGACUUGAGAUCGGACCUAAACAGACACAAGUGGGCAUUGUGUCUUAUGGCGAGACCGUGAGUCAUCAGGUCAACCUGAGCCAGUUUGACAACAUGCCUGCUUUGCGGGGUUUUGUCCAAGUCCUUCCUCAGCACACUGGCACCAAGACGAUGACUUUCCUGGGCAUUGAUACUGCCAGAGAGGAAGCCUUCAUGCCAGAGCGUGGUGCACGACCUGGAGUUAAGAAAGUCAUGGUGAUUGUGACUGAUGGAGAAUCACACGACUACUAUAAUCUACAAAAGGUCAUCAAAGCUUGUGAGCAUGAUGACAUUGAGAGAUUUGGCAUCGCUGUUUUGGGGGACUACGGUCGCCAGAACAAAUCUCUAUCAGAGGUGCAAAAGUUUAUCAAAGAGAUCCAGAAUAUCUCCAGUGAACCUAUCCAAGACCACUUCUUCAAUGUGUCUGAUGAGGCUGCUUUAGUGAACAUUGUGGAUACACUGGGAAGCAGGAUUUUGGCCUUGGAAGCUACAAGUGGAAAUUCCACUUCCCCCAUUCAGAUGGAGAUGUCCCAAACUGGGUUUAGUGCUCACACCUCAAACGAAGGUGUGUUACUGGGAGCAGUGGGAGCUUAUGAAUGGAACGGGACAGUGGUAAUGUACACUCCUGGAGGAGACGUGGUUCCAGGGAAAGAUGCUUUCUUUGACCCACUGAAAGAGGCUAGGAAUGAAAGGCUGGCCGCGUACCUCGGGUAUGAUGUGCAGUCAGCAUCCACGUCUGAGGGAGAGCUGUACAUCACAGGUGCACCGCGCUACAACCACACCGGCCGCGUUGUUAUCUAUCGACUCGAUGAAAACAACAGAAUCGUCAUCUCGCAGAUACUGAAAGGAGAACAGAUUGGUUCCUACUUUGGCAGCGUCCUUCAGACUGUUGACGUGGAUAAGGAUUCCUUGACUGACCUGCUGUUGGUUGGAGCUCCAAUGUACAUGGGCCCAGAAAAAGAUGAGCAGGGACGAGUCUACGUCUACAGGCUCAAGAAUAACAAAUUUAAGCAUGAGUAUACUUUAAAGCCUAUUAAUCAGUCCUGCUGUACGCUCCAAUCAGCCGGCUGCACCAAUAAAAACGAGCCAUGCGGCGCCCGGUUUGGUACAGCCAUUGCAGCAGUGACAGAUCUUAACCUUGAUGGGUAUAAUGAUGUGGCGAUUGGUGCGCCUUUUGAAAAUGACCACAGAGGGGCUGUCUACAUCUAUCACGGAGACCAGAAAUCACUCAAAAAGAAAUUUGUACAGCAUAUUCCUGCAGGUGGCGAUGGCGAAAAGGUGAAAUUCUUUGGUCAGUCCAUACAUGGAGUCAUGGAUCUAAAUGGAGAUGGAAUCACUGAUAUCACUAUAGGAGGUCUGGGAGGGGCCUCGCUGUUCUGGUCCAGAGAUGUUGCAGAGCUGCAUGCCAGCAUGACUUUCAACCCCUCUAAAGUCAACCUCCAGCAGAUUGAGCACCAGUGUGAACACGGCAAUAGGAAAUCUAUUUGUGUGAAGACCAACUUGUGCUUUACCUACAGAGUCAAAUCCAACCAGCCGACUGUAAAAACAACUGCAAAUAUGACCUAUACUAUAACACUGGACAGUCUGCGUGCCACAUCCAGGGCCUCAUUUAUUAGCAAAGAUUUAAAAAAUGACCGCAGGACUACAGAGAAGUUCACCAUCAUGGACGGAACGAAAGAAUGCAUGGAGAAAACCUUCAUGAUGUCGGAACGGCUAGACUUCCGAGGACCUCUGACUGUGUCUGUGGAGUUCGGAAAAGCUGAUGAAGAAGGUCCUGUGCUGGAUGAAAGUCUUCCCAAAUCCAUCAAUGCCAAUAUUACUUUAAUGGACUGUGGAAACAAAACUCAGACGUGCGUUCCUGACCUCUCCCUGAAGGCUAAAUGUGAUGAGCAAAGUAAAUUGAUCAAAGAAAAGGAAAUCAUUUAUUUGAAUAUCACCGUUAAAAACCUCAAAGACAAAGCUUAUAACACCAACGUGAAAAUCAACUUUACACAAAACAUCAACUUUGUGAACGUAGAGCCAGAUACAAAGACGACCACUGUAAAUGACACCGAAGUGAGCAUUGAGGUGGGGUACCCCUUCUUGGGAAACAACGAAGAGGAAACAAUAACAGUGAAAUUUGAGGUGAAUCUCAAAUAUUUUCAGAAGGAAAUUGAGUUCACCGUGACAGCUACAAGUGACAAUGAAGAAGAUUUCUCUACCAUGCACGACAACAGAGCGACUAUCUCCAUCCCUGUCAAGUAUGACCUUGGACUCACGUUCAAAGUAGAUGUAAAGUCGCCUUUGAACAACCACAUUGAAAUAACACAAGAGGAUAAGUACCCCUCGGAAUUCAGUGACAUCAGUAUGAUUGGAGAAGAGGUCAACAUCACCUACACGGUGGAAAAGUUACGUGACGGGGUGACUCCAACCCUUGGCCUUGAAGUGAAAUAUCCUUUUGAGUCUCCGAGGAAGAACACGUUACUGUACCUGACGGACGUCACCUACUCAAAUAUGAUGUGUGACACAAAAGGACAGAUCGAUCUUUUUAAAAUUAACUCAGAGGUUAAAGAGGUGAAAGUGGAAAAAGAGACGCUCAGUAACUACCUGCUGCAAGACAGCCACACAAAGUUUGAAUCGUUUAACUGCUCGAUUUCUGAAGGCCAAAAGAUCGCUCAGCUCAACGUGGCGUUCAGAUUGUGGAAACCUACGUUUAUCGAGAGCGAGUUUUCCGGUCUAUACUUGGUGGUGAACGGGACUUUGGACAUCAGGAAGCAGGAGGACGUGUUUGAAGUGAACAGCAACGACAUGACCAGAAGUGUCAGUAUCCAGGUUUCCAAAGAUACUGUCAGAGGAAUCCCGUUCUGGAUCAUUAUCGUCAGUAUCCUGAUAGGACUGCUCAUCUUAGCACUCGUUAUCUUCAUUCUGUGGAAGUUUGGCUUUUUCAAGAGAAAAUCCAGGGACUAUCCAAAGGAGGAAGAGGCAGAGUGACGUAUCCAAACAGCCACCCACCAUCAGGACCUACAAACUAACAGACAGACAUAGGAAAUGCCAUAAGACCCACUGAUAUUAGUGCUGUGACAGAUUGACUGCCUGGAAAACAAAACAACACAAACAGCAUUAUCUUCACUGAUUCCUGCACUGGCAUUUAUCAGGUAAAGCUUGCAAAUACUUCUCAACUCUUUGAUUUUCCAAGCGCUAGAUUAUAACACUGGAGCCGAAAUGAAACUGGCUCACACGCGGAGACGAACACACUGACUAUACAGAAGUAUUUGCACAUGCUAUUUGUUCAACAUGACCAACAAACAGUAACAGUACGCAUCAAGUCCCAUCAAGCAGUUCAAGAAGAGGAGCCAGAGGCGGGACGGAGGAGACCAUCACUUGCAAGGCACCAAGUUGGCCAAAAAAGCACCAUCUAACCAACUAACUCUGUGACAUACAGCAGAAAUCCAAAGGCUUCAGAGCUCCUGCAGCUGCACUCCAGCUUUAGAGGCAAAAAAAGUACUCAGGUUUUUUCACAAUGAGGAUCCAAAGUUGCUACUUUUAUGCACGCUUCUGAGACAAUAUGUGAACUUUCCGUGUGUUGGACCAGUCUGUCUGAUAGCUUACACCUUUGUGUGAAACUCUUUUGCUUGAUUAGGUUUUUGAAACACUGUAUUAGGUAUUAAGUAGUUGUUGUUCUUGCUGAAUUUAAACAGUAUAAAAUGGCACAUUUUUAAUGUCAAAAUGUUUGUUAAAGACCAAAACCUGAAUGCAAUUGUUAUUUUUUUACUUAAGAAAAGUUGCAGUCUGUAAUUAAUCUGUCAUCACCUCGGUUACCAUGGAGAUACAGACUGCCGCGUCCUCAAAAUCCAAAUCUUUGAUUGUACUGUAAAUAUAUCUGGUCACAAAUGUAAAGCUUAACAUGUACAGGAUCGUGUUUGGAUUUAAUUUAAUGUUUGUUUGUUUUUUGGGGGGUUUUCAGAUCGGUGGUCAGAGAAAUGAUUUUGCUCAGGUGCUACAAAUAUCAUGAAUAAUGACAUAAAUAUACACAAUUUACACUCGAGAAAAUGAUAUGGCUUUUGUCACAUUUUCAGUGCUAAGAUGUAUGCAGAUAUGUAAAUAAUGGUAUUUUUUGAUUAAAAGUAUUGAAAGUAUAAUUACUCCGUAGUGAAAUAUAUAUAUAUAUAAAGACGAGGGUUUGUAUCCACUAUUUUGGUUUCAUUUGAUUGAAAAUGAUAUUUCGAACCUGUUGAAUGACUGUGUUCUGAAUGCCGAGGCUGAGAUAUCACAGCAGAUACUUUGAUUUCCUUUUAACUUGCAAAAUAGGAACUUAAUAAUCAUCCAGUUUAGAAAUAUAUGUCCAACUGUUCACUAGUUUCCUCUAUGUUGUAAAGGGAUUCUCUGGUGGCUGUAGUGUGCACAAAGCAUAGCACACUCUAGGCUUUCUCUUGCUUUAAAGUACCUUAUUUGUACCUUUUUGUUUCCAAAGUUUGCACAGCUGCCCGAUAUUUUAGAAGAGAUUAUAAUCUGAAUUGAGGAGAAACAUAUUCUAGCCUCUUUUUGUAGCGUUUUCCCCUCAUAACUAUGUCUUAAUGCUGAGGGAAAUAAGCAACAAUAAGAGGCAGCUCUUCUGUUUCUUAAUACUCCUCAGCUCUCACUCCACUGGUGACAUUAAAGCACAUGUAAUAAAUUGUAUAUAGAGAAUGUGUAGCUGUUAGUCAAUUUUUGGAUUGUGUGGCCACGUUGGGUUCACGCACGAGGGUGGAGUUCACCUCUCUUUGUUCAGUCAGAGCUUACUUACAGAUCACAACUCCGAGGAACUGUAGCAAGCAAAGUGAGCUCCAGCCCAGCCUUCUACACUGCUGUGAAAUCUUCACUGUAAUGCACUGGUUUGUCAGAGUGUAUGUGUCCUCAUUAGCACAGAUAUAUGAACUGAAUCUGAUGUACAAAAAAAUAAAUAAUUUUUAUAAAGAA